GGAAGCCAAACCACGUCUCUGGCGUCUAGCAUUGCUAGAUAUCGUGUCGAGAAUGGGCGCACAUAUCAUUCCUAUAAAGACGGGUCAUACAUAUUGCCGAAUGACGAUGGCGAAAAUGAGAGAUUGGUGUCAGACCUCCAACAUCACAUCUGCCUCCUCACUUUUGAUGGCAGACUAUACACAUGUCCUGCCGGGAGGGAUAAGCCCCUGAGGCGCGUUCUUGAUGCCGGCUGUGGUACUGGCAUCUGGGCCAUUGACAUGGCGGAUGAACAUCCCGAGGCAGAGGUCAUCGGAGUUGAUCUGAGUCCCAUCCAGCCUUCAUUUGUGCCGCCCAACCUCUCAUUCUACGUCGACGACCUCGAAGCUGAGUGGACAUACAACACGCCCUUCGACUUGGUCUACAUGCGACUACUAAUGGGAUCUAUCACCGACUGGGACAGGCUAUUCAGGCAGGCAUACGACAACCUCGCCCCCGGCGGCUGGAUAGAGCUCCUGGACGCCAUGUACCCGAUGCAGUGCGACGACGCGACCUGCCCGCCCACGAAGGCCUGCUGGCAAUGGGGCGACUACAUGAACGAAGCGGCCAAGAAGCUGGGCCGCUCCCUCGACUCGGCCGAGGAGAACAAGAACAAGCUCGUGCAGGCCGGCUUCGCCAACGUCACCGAGGCCGUGUACAAGUGGCCCAUCAACCCGUGGGCCAAACAUCCCAAGUACAAGGAGAUUGGCAUGUGGAACCUCGAGAACGUCGUCGGCGGCCUGUCCGGCCUCAGCUUGGCGCUUUUCACGCGUGUCCUCGGGUGGACGGUGGAGGAGCUUGAGCUUUUCUUGGUCGAUGUACGGAGGGAUAUGAAGGAUACCAACAUCCAUGGGUAUUGGAAAAUGUGA